AUGUCGCCUCGUCCACCUCAUCGCUUCGACCCAUUAAUCCACCCCGACAUCGUCGACAACAUCAUCCCCUACCUCCUCCUCAUCGACUACAACCCACGAUUCCUCGCCCGCGCCGCCCUAGUCUGCAAAUCCUGGAACACCCUCUACACGCCCUUCCUCUGGCGCAACAUCAAAAUCGACAACAACAACUUUGCGACUGUCCCCGAGUCACUCCAAGGAAUGAUGAUUGAUCUUCUUGGCAAGACUCCUCAACUCACGUCCUUUUCUAUCGCUCACAACAAGACCGACUUCUUGGUAGCCCUCCCCAUGCUCUGUCCUGGAGUGAGGGAACUUGCCAUAGUGUACUGUGGUUUGAUUCCUCCAUCAGUCUUUUCGCGGUUUUUCCAGUCCCUUGCCGUCGGCAGCCACAACAACCAGCCGCAGCAGCAACAGCAACGGGGCCGCGCAUCGUUACAAUUGGAACGGCUCCAUCUCUGCGAAUGCAAUUUGGAGGACCGAUCUCUUGAGCAUCUGGCCUCGUCACUAGCCAGCACACUCCUCCAUCUACGCAUCUUGAAAUGUUCUGUAGUUACCGAUUCAGGACUCAAGGCUGUUCUGCAGCGGUGCCAUCGCCUAGAGUCGCUCGUGCUCCUGGAUGUCAUUGGACUCACUCCGGCAAUCAUGACGGACGACACCGACGUCAACAACAACAACACCGACCUCGGCACUACGCUUUUGACGACAGACCAGGAAGAACGACAAAAAUGGGCCUGCUACAAGACUCUUAAGCAUCUGGACAUUCGAAAUCUUGGGCUUCAACCUCCUGAAAUUUUUUUGGAGGACUCGCCAAAUAGGGCGUUUCGACGGAUUCGACAGAGGAUCCGGAUGUUGCCUGCCUUGGAGCAGUUGGCGGUCUGCGUCUGGGACGCUGAUGAGGAACUGCUUCAGGGGUUCAUGGGGGUUGAGGAGAAGGACCAAGGACAUCAGGCGCGUCAAUUGACAAUAGGAGAAAACGGGGAAGGCGAGGUUGUGAAUGAGAAUGCAAACCAAACUGACGCAGAGGUAACAGCGGCAGUACCAAUACCAACAACAGACAGUGUAGCAGGUGGAGGUGCAGAAUCACCUCACCACCGCCCGCACCAGCACAAUGAUCAAGAGGCCAAGACAUUGGUUGGGCCGCGACUUCGGACGCUCACAAUCUGGGGGCAACAAGGCAAAACAUUUAUUGGGAGCGAUUUGGAUCGGUUCGUGAGAAACUAUCCUGGUCUGAGGGAAUUGAACACUUCAACAGUCGUUCUUAGCAAGGAGACAGUGGAUCGGUUACGGGAAGCAGGAAUUGAGGCCCUCUCUGAGUGA